AUGGCAAAAGGAAUCCGUGCCUUGCUGGAUACAGUGAUGCAAGCUCUGCCUCAAGUUGGAAAUCUGGGCCUAUUAUUUUUUCUGCUAUUCUUUAUCUUUGCUGCAUUAGGAGUUGAGUUAUUUGGCAGAUUAGAUUGUUCUGAAGAACAUCCAUGUGAAGGACUAGGAGACCAUGCUCAUUUUAGACAUUUUGGAAUGGCAUUCCUCACCUUAUUUCAAAUAGCAACUGGAGAUAAUUGGAAUGGAAUUAUGAAAGACACCUUGAGAGAAGAUUGUGAUGCAUCAGAUGACUGUGAGAAAAACUGCUGUGUCAGUCCAAUUAUAGCUCCAGUCUACUUUGUGGUCUUUGUGUUGAUGGCACAGUUUGUCCUUGUGAAUGUUGUCGUCGCAGUUCUCAUGAAGCAUCUUGAAGAGUCUCACAAGCAUAUGGAUGAAGACGCAGAAUUUGAAGCAGAAAUAGAAGCACUCAGUCGAGCUCAAGAACGAGCUAAUCUUAAUAAUAUAAGGAAUCCACCCAGUUCUGAAGAUAUGGAGGAGAGAAGAUCAUCAAUUUUGGCUGCAUCAGUUGCAGACGUGAUACCUUCAUCAGUCAAUGGUGAAAAUGGUGUCGAUGGUGCUAGUGUAGAAAAUGAUGACCAUGAAUUAAAAGUGAGAAAUAUUGUAACAAAGCAAAUUUCAUUACCUCCAAAUUUCACCUUUAAUGUGCGCCCUCCCAGUGGUGAACCACCAUCUAUUGAAACAAAUGAAAAUAUAACACCAGGGACAAGUUUAGGAAUAGAAUGUGUCCCCAGCAGUCUGCUAACAUCACCAUCAACUAUCAGCUUGCAGGGUCGAUGCUAUGGACCUGACUGUUCAUCUUUGGCCGUUGAUAAUUCAGCAUUUCAGAUAAUGUGCCCAACAAACUACAGCUCGUCAACAUCAUCGAGUUCAGGAUCCAACUCAGCAAUCAAAGUCACUGGCAUGCAAUCACUUUCAGCUGAACAGCCUGAACAUCCGACUGAAGUCAGAAAAAGGUCAAUUCCUGGCUGCCAAAGAAAUUCUCUCAAAUGGCCAUGGCAUUACAUCAACCAGAGUUUUCCCAAUGUACAGCAUUCUUCAGAAGGAGAGUUUGACCCUCGACAUAGUAGUCAUCAACAUGCACAAUCCCAUCCUCAUCUUGGCCAUAAUCUGAUUCUUGUGGAUAUUAAUAAGGCAGACUCACCUCCAAAACGCCAAUCACGUCACCUACUUCGUAGUCAAAGCACAGGAGCCAAGUACACUCGAAUCAGGGAUAAGUUUUUAAGAACAAAAUGUGCAUCAACAGAAGACAGUGCAGUGGCUCUUUUCCAUUCAAAGCACUCGUAUUCAACAUACGGACAAGAUUCUGUAGAGUCUGAAUUUGAUGAAACUAUGUCCAAUGACUGGGCUGAUGAAGAAGCUGAAUGUGAUGAAGAAGUGAAAAAAAUUACUGGCGAAGAAGAAGAAGAUGAUGUUAAGCCAACAUUAGGUGUAUUUACAUCGCAAGAAUCAGAAAACUUAUUUUCUGAACUUUCUCAACACUCACACUCUAAUUUGUUAACACUUUCUGAGAUGACAGAUAGCACUCAGCUGUUACAGAAUAAUGUCUGCAAUCCUCGGCUUAUGCAGCAUAACCAUCUAACCAUUGAAGCCACCAGUUCAAGCCGAGAUGGUAGCUCACACAUGUUAGAAUAUUCACAUAGUCCACAUGCAGCAAACUCACAACCUGGAAUUGAUAAUUCUAGUUUUGUUCUUGGUGAGAUAUCAAAUGACUCCAAUGACACAGAAGGUGGUACUGGCACAGGCUCAUCUCUGCUUGAAUCGCAAUCAACACAGUCUGAUAUAGAAUUUGUCACAGAAUCACAGAGCUUUCUCAAUACUCCCACCUCUACAGCAAAUAUUGCAAAAACAACCCCAUGCACCCUUGGUAAUUCUGGUAGCCACUUGGGUAAUAUGACAGUUUCAAACUACAGUUCCCUUGGCUCCACUAAUAUACCAGCCGAUGAGUUGCAUUUGAUGCUGCCAUCUCCCUUACUUUCACAGCAGCAUCUUCCAACACUGCCCCCCCGCAGACAUAGUUGUGUCAGCUCAGCUAGCUCAUCUUAUGAACAACUCUUUGAUAGUGCCACUAAUCCUGGUUACCAAGGUGAUGAACUUGUAUGA